AUGUCGUUCAAAGUCCCCUACGAAUCCAGCCCGCCACCCUCUACACCGGACAAGUCCAAAGGUCAGAGCUUCUGGAGCAAUGUCUCCACGACACCCGCCGGUCCACCGCCAUCGACGGCAAACUCAUUCACGCCGCAAGGACAUCCGCCAUCCACCGCGUUUGGAACAUCGCAACUAGAUUCGCAUUCCAAGCUCAAUUUCGGACAAUCCUCCAACUCGCUAUUCACCAAGUCGGGAGGUUUCAAGACGGGCGACAGUAUCUUUGGAUCAUCAUUCGGAUCGGACUUUGGUCUGCCUAAAACAACACAGGCACCUCCCGCGAGACCGCUCGCACCGACACCGUCGCAGGGCCGAUUCGGUGGCGCCACGAAUGGCGGCUCGAUUGGGCGUUCCGUGACCUUUGACCAGUCUAAUGGCUUCGGUUUGUCUCAGAUGGAGGAGGAGUAUGAAGAAUACGAGGACGACGGUGAAGGGGAGAUGGAGCAGGAGGAGGAGGAAAUGGACGAAGAAGGAGAAUAUGAGGAAGAGCUAGAGGAGGAAGAUGCGGAAGGCGAUCUGGAUCUUAGCACUCGGGAACCUUCGAACCGACUCAGUUUCCUGGAUUCCACCUACGGCAACCCAUUGCCGGCACAGUCCUCCGGGUUUGGCCAAGCGCGCAAACCGAUCUACUCGAAUCCUACCGAUGCGAAGCGCCCGAAGCUUGACGAACGAUGGGCGACUCAGUCACCACUCCGCAAGACGAAACUGUCUCCCAAGAAAGCCUCCGCGAUGCCCUCGAUUUUGCACAACCUGGCUUCCAGAGGCCGCCUGGCGCCAGUCGACGAGCCAGCUGAUAUGAUUCUCAACACGGAGGAUACAAUCGACCGACUGUAUAUCGAGCUGCACGGUACAGAUUACCGACACAUUGACCUCGAUGCCGUCCUUGCCCACUUUGCCAAUAAGCUUGUCAACACGUGGGAUAUCUGCGCAGACCGCAGCGGGAUUGCUCGACCUUAUGGUGUUGGACCGAGCAUUGGUCCUGGUGAACAGGCUCCAUCGCUAGUCAAGGCAAGCUUUUUGGCCUCUCUUUUGCUUCAAAUCCACCAUCCUUCUCGAGCCUCUGCUCCGAUCGCCAGCGCUUCGAACCCGGCUGCACGCAUGGCACCUAACAGCAUGGUCAAGGCUAUGCAGCGUGCCAGUGUGGCUACCCCAAUUCCACAGAUUCUGCUCGACUGGCUGAACGGGUACCACGCAUCUCGGACCAACGAUCUACAGGCGCUGCGAUACGUGGAGCCUAACCCUACUGCUUCAUCAAACUUCUGGGAUAUCAUCAACGCGGCUGUUCUUCGCGGCCGCUUCGCCGAGGCGGCGGAGAUUCUUCGUUCUGCAGAUUUCAACUAUGCCCGAUCCGCUUUGGAAGAUGGCCUGGUCCAGCCCGGCUACCGUGGAAUGCAGCUGCAGAAUAUUCAGCGCUGCGUCAACAAGGCCCUUCAGAUUCUCGACUCUUGCCCCGGCUUCCAAGACGAUGACUGGGCGAUCACCGGACCUGAUUGGACCGACUACCGCAAGAGUGUUCUUUCAGCCGUCAACGACCUCGAAGAGUUUGCCGAGGGUGAGGAGCGAGACCAGGCCGAACUGCCCUCGCAAGACCACCGGUUCCAGGCUGUCAACUUUGGGUUGUCGAAUUUCGGCAAGGGCCAGAACCAGGUCAGCUUCACGCAGUCUGCGCGCAUGGCUGAGAGCCGCGUGCCGUGGACGAUCUAUCAGAGCCUUCGAUCACUGUACCGGAUUAUACUUGGUGACACCGCCACUAUCAAGGCCUACUCGCAAGAUUGGGUCGAGGCCACUAUUGGUUUGACAGCGUGGUGGGAUGGGGAAGAUGAUGACGGUGCUUUCCGUACUAGCACAUCGAGUGUUGAUUACCAGCGCUCCCGUGGAUCUCGCCAGCAGCUGCGCGCGGUGGAUCGCAACAUGCGGAAUGCGUAUUUGCGUCGCUUGGAUCUGGCGUUUAGCAGCGCGACUAAUGAGCCGUCCGACGAUACUGGUUUCCGCGUGAACACUAUGAAUAGCUUGGAAGUUGGUCUGGCCUCUGUAUUCGAGGGAAAUGUUCAAGGUGUGCUGGAGCUGCUACAGACCUGGUCUCUCUGCAUCACGGCAGCAAUUACGGAAGUGGCCGAUAUUGGCGGCUGGUUAAUGGAUGGAAGCCCACAGAAGAUGCCCGGUCUCAGCGAGAAUGACUUGAUGGUUCUUUCAUAUGGACAAGGAAACGUGUCUGAACCGAAGGGGAUUACUCGGGAUUUGGCUUUGCGAAACUACGCUCUCGGUUUACAUGAGCGCCGUUCUAUUGAGAAUGAGACUGGUUCUCGUGAGGGUUGGGAGAUGGCUCUCGCAGUACUUGCCCGUUUGCACGAUCGAGAUAUGACGAGGAAGGCUGUUACGGAGAUCGUGGAGAAGCUACCAUUGGAUACUAUUGACCAACUCGAUAAGCUGGUUGUGCUGUGCUCGGAUCUGGGACUGGAGGAGCAGGGUCGUAAGGUUGCCGAGCGCUUCGGUGAUAUGACCACUGAUACUUCCGAAGACUACGGUCUAGCUCUUGUCAGCUAUGCCCGCGCCCAUAACCGCCGCAAGGUUCGCGCCGUUGUGGAACUCCUCAUCUCCUUCAGUCUGGUGCAAUCGCGUGCCUACCCUGCCGCCGCCGAUCUGGAUGAGAUGCUCGCGUCUUUGCUGCAGCAACCAAAGACGUGCCUUUCAUCUAUCGCAUCGAUCAACGAGGAAGCCGCCAGCAUUCUCCAGUUCUAUCUCAGUGGAUACGCCACACUUCGCCGGUUUUACGAGAUUCGUGAUGAGGCUUUGGGCUUGAAGGAAGGCCAGUCCCCACGAUUCAAGCCACUUGCCCGUCGGCGCGCAGCAGCCAAGGCUCUUGCAGCGGUUAUCAGUAGUGCCGCAGAUAAUAUCUACGGAGGUCUAUUCGAUCCGGAUCGUGAUUCGGCCGUUCAAGUGGAUGGAUUGAUGGCGUUGUUGGGCGAGGCAUUGGUAUUCGUCAACCAACCAUCCCCCAUCCUCACCGUCUCCCAACAAUUCACCAUUCUCUCCGCAAUCGAAGAUCUCGAAACCGUCACCCCCCGCGUCUACGCCCAAUGCGAAGAAUGCUUCCGCUCCACCCUCCUCUCCGCAAGCGCAACUGGCCCCAUCGCCUCCCCCCCCUUCUCCGCGGGCUCUCCUCAAAAAAUCCGUCUCCGCCCUUUCCGCAUCUACGUUCUCCAUCAUCGGUUCGGACAUGCUCGAGUCUGCCCGCACACGCUCUGCAUCAGGUUCUGGGCCUACGUCCGCCGGUAGUUCGGGCGUGCUUGUCCCAAGACCCAAUGUCAAGCAUGCGGGUUCGGCCCGUGGGUGGGAUUGGAGGGUGGGUCUGCCGGAGGGGACGAGGGGGGAGGAUGUGUUGCGGAUGUUGAGAUUGGGGCUCGCGCGUGGGUUGAGUGUUGGUGCUUUGGGGUGUGUUUAGAUGAGGUGAUUACCUCUGAGUGUUUACCUGGGUGUAGGUAGAGCCUGAAGUGAACACCUGAGGGGGUGGGGAAAGUGUCAUGGCCAGCUGAAAGAUCUGGGCGAUUUGGGGUCUGGAGCAUGUAUGAUUACUUGCGGCGUUAUGAUAGCUAGGCCCUCAUCUUCUUUUCGUUUUUCUUCUUUUUUGAUUCAAAGGUGGCCCUGGCUUUGGCCUUGGGCUAUGGAUGCAUUGAUGCAUGGAUAAUAGCAUUUUUUAUCAAUCCCA